AAGUGAAAUUAAACUCAAGUUGCACGUUCUGACAUGGUCGAAGUGCGUUUUCUCACUUCUUGUGCCGUUUCAGGAAGUUGAGCAGAGCCACCAAAAUCAGGAAACUAAGUGUUGCUAUUUAUACAACUGAGCAAAGUGCUUUACAUGUAGCUGGUGAACGCUAGUGUGGUGUCAGUUGACGAGUAGAGACGCUUCAGUGAGUUUAAGAAAGCAAAGGGAAAUAUAUGGGCAAAUUAUGUUCAUUUCGGGGUGAUUUCUGUGUACUUUGGAGACUUGAACCAUGGAGGAAGCUGUCUCAACUGAAUCGGCUAAUUCAGAAUCCCUCUCAGAAUAUGAGCUGUUGAUUCUGCACACUGCUGAGGCACAGGAAUGGGCAACGUAUUUGCAGCAGAUCUUGAAAUCUUCUCAAAAUUUCCACAGAAGGUCUAUCUUGCUGUAUGCAGUGAGCUCAGCCGAUGAGCUCCACCGAUAUAACUUUGAAGAUUUUCAAAGCUGCAGCUGCAUUGUGCUGCUCCUCACAGGAGUAUUCCUGGACAUCCUCUGUGACCACGAACUGCAGGGAGCACUACAGAGACUCCUUUAUCCUCCACAAAGAGUAGUGGCCUUCUUAUGCGGAGUGCCAGAGGAUGACAUAUGGACUGAGAGUUUUGAAGACUGGCCAAGCUGGAGAAAACUCUAUGCUGACGAUGAGCCUGCUCUUUACAUUUCCACCAUUUUAGAAGCAAUCACUGACAGCAAUCAAGCAGGGGCCCCGUGUGACAGUGAAGCAGAGGAGCUGCAAGCUGCUUCGACUGAAAAUCCCACCUGCGAUGACACAGAGGAAGUGGUCUUAGAAGAGCAAAACGAAAGCGUCUUGAAGGACGAGGAGCCUGUGAGCAUGGAGAAUUCAACAAGAGAGAAGAUUACUGCACCUGCACUCCUCACCUGUCUCACUGUCCAACCAAACAGAGUUUUGUGUGGGAAACAGGAGAAACUUUUUAUCAUUUUUACAACCAAAGUGGAUUGUGAGUCGGUACCAGAGGUGGAGUUCUCAUCUGAAAGUAUCACAGCAAAAAGAGUGCCGGGCACUUUGGAGAACGAAUACACAAUUAGUGUAACCGCACCUGACAUGCCUGCUGGGCCAAUAUCGCUUACCCUGUACACUGACCAAUCAUCUGUGAGCUUGAGGCCAGUCACAUAUUACACCAGUAUGGAAGAAGUCAGUCGUCAUCUGGAAAAAGCUGCUGAUCCUGUGAACUUCAUCUGCCAGGCCUUUAAAUUGACUUCAAAUGCAGCAGAAUCAGUGGACACUAUGCUAACUGACUCAUUGAAAUCCAAGAUGCCUGAAACUGGUCUUCAGUUGUUUGGUGUCAGACAGAUUGAAGAAAACGAUAUGUCGGCAUAUCAACGGAAUGAGGAGUUUCCCACUUUGCUCCACUUUGCUGCUAAGUACGGCUUGAAGAAGCUCACAACAACUCUGCUUAACUGUCCUGGGGCUCUGCAGGCUUACAGUGUGAUGAACAAGCAUGGAGACUACCCAAACACACUGGCAGAGAAGAGCGGCUUCAUGGAACUCAGGCGUUUCAUGGAUGAAUUUGUUGAGACAGCAGACAUGGUCAAGUUUCACUUGGAAGACACUGCCAAUACGGAGAAUGAUGUGGAGGUUUACGAGUCGAUGUCAACAACCUCUCAGGACAUCAUGAUGAAGCACUCUGGCUGCUCAGUGGACAUUUAUGAGUCAAUGCUGGGGCUCAACCCAGAAUGUGCAGAGGACUUCUAUGAAGUGAUGACUGCCGUAGAUGAGAACCCAGAGGAAGCGAUGCUCAGGACGUUCUUCCAAGCAAAACCACAUGCCACUGAAGACAAUGCUGACAACCUUAACUUUAAAUGUGCAGAGGUGGAGACACAGGAGCAGAGUAACUUGGAUGAAACUGAGGAGGAGGAUCCAUACAAUCUUUGUCCAGAAGAUAUCUAUGAUACUGUAGAUGCGAACAGCACCUAUAACCCAGGAAUCCUGAACCGUCCACCAGCCCCUAUCCCCAGACCUGAGACGGAGUCAGAACCUGAACAAAAAAUUACCUACAUCUCAAGAGUAUUUACAGAGAAGAGUAAAUCCCAGAGCAAAACCAUGGAAACGCAAUACCCUGCAGCUAGACCUGCAUUUGAACCCCCAUUUUCUACAUAUGAUCCCUAUGCUGGGAUGAAGACCCCAGGGCAGAGACAGCUUAUAUCCCUGCAGGAGAGGGUUAAAGUGGGGGAAAUAACUGUGGAUGAAGCUGUCCAAGAGUUCAAGGCUUGGCAGUUUGACAAUGACAGGAGGGCAAGCUCCCUACGCUAUCAGCAGGAAAAUCUGAAGAAAUUGCGGGACAGCAUCACCAGGCGUCACAAAGAGAGAGAAAAGUCUGGAAAGGAACUUGAUUAUGAAAUAACUGCUCCGCUGCAGAGGAACUUAUACUGGGGCUCCAGUAUGACAUUAGAGUGUGCUGUAUAUGAAACAGCACCCAGGACGAUGGCUCCACCCCCUCCUCCAGUUCAGACUAUCCAAAGAGGCAACUGGAAAACAGGCAGUACAUCUAGUACAUCAAGCACUGAAAGCAACAGACUCAGCACUCACAGCACUUUUAGUUACAGUAGCGGCACAGAGCCUGAUUUUGAGGACGCAGUCGAAAGUCUGCCCCCUCCGCCUCGACCUCCACGGCCGUCCGAUGCGGCGCCUGUCAUUCCUCCACCCAGGGUUCCUCCCCGGGUCCCAGAAAGGGUGCCAGAUGUGCAGCAUGAGCGCUACAUAUCCUGCCCGACACGAGCGCCACCUCAAAGACCCAUGCACAGGCAAGCAGACUCAGCGCCUCCAUUACCUCGCCGUCUGCGGUGAUGCCCACACGUCACCACCUUUAACCAAUCAGGCUUUAAAGUUAUUUUAGAUUAGAAAUGGAAAUUUAUUGUAAUGUGUCUCUUCUAACCACUAAAAGGACUAAACAAGAUGCACCCAUGCAGAAGGAAACUUUUUUUUUACAGUUUCUUUUUCUGUAUAUAACAGAUAUUUAGUUGUGAUAUUUUCUUGUAUGGGAGUAGGUGUGUGAGAGGGAGUGUGUGUAGUUUUUAUCAGUAUAUGUAUGUCCUUUGUUUUUUUCUGUAAAAACUUUGGUGUGUAAUAAAUUUGAAACGUUCAAUAAUUA